AUGGAUCCCGCAAAGCCUGUUGAGCUCCCCGAGAGGCCCAAAGAGGCCGAGCCCCAGGCCGAGCCCCAGGCCGAGCCGAAGCAGUCCAAAGCCGCGGCAAAGAAGGAAGCCAAAAAGGCCGCAAAGAAGGCUCUCCAGCAGGAGAACAGCGCCCGUCCCAAGGAGAACAAGCCCAAGCCUGCCAAAGCUCCCAAGGCCACCACAGAGACCCGCGAUCCGGACCAGAUGUUCAAGGUUGGAUUCCUGCACGACGUCUACAACGAGCGACCUAUUUCCGAGACACAUCCUAAGAUUCGCACGCGAUUCCCACCUGAGCCCAACGGGUUCUUGCACAUUGGACACAGCAAGGCUAUUGCGAUCAACUUUGGCUUUGCGCGGUACCACGGCGGUGAAUGUAUUCUACGUUUCGACGAUACCAACCCCGAGGGCGAGGAGGAGCGAUAUUAUAAUGCCAUUCGGGACAUUGUGCACUGGUUGGGAUUCACGCCGGUGCGAGAGACUUGCGCUAGUGACAACUUCGAUAAGCUUUACGAGUAUGCGGAGGAAUUGAUCAAGCGGGAUGGUGCGUACAUGUGUUACUGCUCCAAGGCCGAGAUCAAGGCUGGCCGUGGUGAGAGCGAGAGCGGACAGCGUGGCGGUGAGCGCUUUGCCUGUGCGCAUCGCGACCAGCCCGUGGAAAAGUCCUUGGAGGAGUUCCGGGCGAUGCGGGAUGGAAAGUACCAGGCUGGCGAGGCCUGUCUGCGCAUGAAGCAGGCUCUUCUGGAAGAUCCUCGAGCGCAGAUGUGGGAUUUGGUGGCUUGGCGCAUUACGGAGAGUGAGGAGAAGGCUCAGCAUCACCGCAGUGGCGGCAAGUGGAAGAUCUACCCGACCUAUGACUUUGCGCACUGCCUGUGCGAUAGUAUUGAGGGGAUCACGCAUUCGCUCUGCACAACCGAGUUUGAAUUGUCUCGGGUCUCGUAUGACUGGCUCAACGAGAAGCUCGACGUAUAUCGCCCGAUGCAGCGCGAGUACGGCCGAUUGAAUAUCACGGGCACUGUUCUCUCCAAGCGUAAGAUCAUCAAGCUGGUCAAGGAUGGUCAUGUCCGUGACUGGGAUGAUCCGCGCUUGUACACCUUGAUCGCCCUGCGUCGCCGUGGUGUGCCCCCCGGUGCAAUCCUCUCCUUUGUCAACGAGCUCGGCGUGACCAAGGCCGUGACAAACGUGCAGAUGCACCGAUUCGACCAGAGCGUGCGCGUCUUCCUCGAGACGACCGUCCCCCGUCUGAUGGUCGUCACGGAACCUCUGAAGGUGAUCAUUGACGACCUCCCCGACGACUACGAGGAGAUGGUCGAGGUCCCCUUCGGCAAGGACGCCUCCUUCGGCACACAUACCGUCCCCUUCACCAAGACCGUCUAUAUCGAACGCUCCGACUUCCGCGAAGUCGACUCCCCCGACUACUUCCGUCUCGCCCCCGGCAAAACCGUCGGCCUUCUCAAGGUCCCCUAUCCCAUCACCGCCACCUCCUUUGAGAAAGACCCCGCCACCGGCGCCGUCAGCGUCGUUCACGCCAAAUACGACAAGCCCGCCGAGGGCGAGACCGCGCCCCGCCCCAAGACCUUCAUCCACUGGGUCGGCGAGUCCGCCAAACACAACAGCCCUGUUCGCGCCGAAAUCCGCGCCUUCAACUCCCUGUUCAACUCCGAGGAUCCCUCGGCUCACCCGGACGGCUUCCUUGCCGAUAUCAACCCCAACUCCGAGGAGAUUUUCAAGGACGCGAUGAUCGAGACUGGAUUUAAUGAGAUUCGUCGCACGGCGCCUUGGCCCAAGGCCGCCGGUGAGACAGAUGUCGAGUCGAAUCUGCAUUGUGUUCGGUUCCAGGGUAUGCGCAUUGCUUACUUUGCGGUCGAUCGCGAGUCAACGGCCGAUAAGGUUAUUUUGAAUCGCAUUGUCACACUCAAGGAUACCCAGGGUAAGAAUUAA